GGGGGAGCGGCGGAGCCCGGUGCCCGCCGGGUGCAUGGACAGGAGCUCCCUGCUGCAGCUCAUCCAGGAGCAGCUUGACCCCGAGAACACCGGUUUCAUCGGCGUGGAGACGUUUGCCAGCCUCGUGCACAGCCAUGAGCUGCCCCUGGACCCCGCCAAGCUGGACAUGCUGGUGGCCCUGGCACAGGGCAAUGAUGAAGGGCAGGUCUGCUAUCAGGAGCUGGUAGACCUGAUCAUCGUGUUCCUGUGCUAUGGGGCCCGGCUGAACAAGUGGGUGCUGCAGACCUAUCACCCCGAGUACAUGAAGAGCCCCCUGGUCUACCACCCCGGGCACCGUGCCCGCGCUUGGCGCUUCCUCACCUACAUGUUCAUGCACGUGGGGCUGGAGCAGCUAGGGUUCAAUGCCCUCCUGCAGCUGAUGAUCGGGGUGCCCCUGGAGAUGGUGCACGGCAUCCUGCGCAUCAGCUUCCUCUACCUGGCCGGUGUCCUUGCAGGGUCCCUCACCGUCUCCAUCACGGACAUGCGGGCACCUCUGGUUGGUGGCUCAGGGGGGGUGUAUGCACUCUGCUCGGCGCACCUCGCCAACGUCGUCAUGAACUGGGCCGGGAUGCGCUGCCCCUACAAGCUGCUGCGCAUGGUGCUUGCGCUGGUGUGCAUGAGCUCGGAGGUGGGGCGCGCCGUGUGGCUCCGCUUCUCGCCGCCGCUGCCCGCCUCGGGCCCGCAGCCCAGCUUCAUGGCACACCUGGCGGGGGCCAUCGUGGGCAUCAGCAUGGGGCUGACCAUCCUGCGCAGCUACGAGGAGAGCCUGCGGGACCAGUGCGGCUGGUGGGUGGUGCUGCUCUCUUACGGCACCUUCCUGCUCUUCGCCGUCUUCUGGAACAUCUUCGCCUACGACCUCCUGGGGGCACAGAUUCCCCCCCCGCCCUAAGGACCCCCCCCCGUCUUGCCCGCCCUAUAGAUGCCCUUUUUCUAGCGAUGGCCGAAGGCCCGGCGGAGGGGGGGUCCCCGCGCGGCACAUGGGGACGGGCUGCCCCCUCGGUGCUAGCGACCGCGCUGGGCCCCUCCGUGCCCCCCCCCCGUGUGAAGGAUGCUUCAGCCCCGUCAGCACAGAGCCCCACCCUGGGAAUGGCCCCCGCAGCCCCUUCCCGGGCUCCCCGAACGUCUGUGUCGCCCCCCCCGCCCCCCUCCCCCCCGGGAAUAGCGGGGCCCAACGCGGAGCCGUUUAUUUUUCUAUGCCAAAAGAACCGUCCGCGGGGGGUGGGGGGGGGAGGGGGAAGCGGAGCCCGCAGUGUCCCCCUGGCCCCGCGCUGCUCUCGGUGCCCCCUCAAAAGCUGUUUUGGGAUGGGGGUGGGGGGCGCUGCCCGCCCACCCCUCCCCUUUUUUGGAGUAGAAA